AUGGCCAUGAACAAUUACCAGUGGCCAAAUGAAAGAAGCAUACAGAAAAAGAUUGUUGGGGUGCAUGAAAUUGAUGCAAUCGCGAAAUUAACAGCUCAAGUCCAUUCACUGACUCAACAACUGAAAGCCACUCAACUAACAACAAAUGCCAUCCAUACAAUGUGUGUUUUUUGCCAUGGAAAUCACACAAAUGAAGAGUGUCAGAUUAACAUUCCUUUUACAGAUGCUUUUGAACAAAUGCCAAACUAUGUGAAAUUUCUGAAGGACAUCCUCUUAAACAAAAGAAAGCUAGAGGAAUAUGAGACUGUUGCUUUUACUGAGGAAUGCGGUUCCAUUUUACAGAAGAAAUUGCCUCCUAAACUUAAGGAUCCAAAGAGUUUUACUAUACCAUGUUCCAUUGGAAACUCUACGUUUGAAAAAGCUUUAUGUGAUUUAGGUGCAAUUAUUAAUCUCAUGCCUUUAUCUAUUUUUAAGAAGCUUGGUUUAGGUGAAGCAAGGCCAACCACAGUAACACUACAGCUAGCUGACAGGUCACUAAAGCAUCCAAGAGGAAUAAUUGAAGAUGUACUGGGGAAAGUGGGCAAGUUCAUCUUUCCAGCAAACUUCAUCAAACUGAAUAUAGAGAAGGAUAAUGAGAUUCGUAUCUUGCUUGGUCAGCCAUUCUUUGCCACUAGAGAUGCGUUAAUUGAUGUGAAGAAAGGAGAGUUGUGGUUAAGGGUGAAUGAAGAGGAGGUGAUUUUCAAUGUGUUCAAAGCCAUCAAACAACCAGAUAUGGGGGAGAGUUGCUUCAGCAUUCAAGUGGACUCCUUAAUUAAUAACAAAGUCAAGGUUCCAACUAACCCGUUGGAAACAUGUUUGGUAAAUAGUAUACUAGAAGAGGAUAUUGAGAUAGCAGAAUAUAAAUGUUGGAUGGACUCUUUUGAACCUAAAUGCAGAAGAUACUUUGAAGAUUUGGGACAAGCACCACCAAAAAUAAAAUCAACCAGUGAACAAGCAUCGGUUCUGGAAUUGCAACCUUUGCCAAAGCACUUUCGGUAUGCAUAUCUUGGAGAAGCUUCCACCUAUCCUGUGAUAGAUGAAGUCAAGCCAACAAUAGAACAUCAGAGAAGGCUUAACCUGACCAUGAAAGACGUAGUCCGAAAAGAAGUUCUGAAAUGGUUAGAUGCUGGUGUUAUUUAUCCAAUCUCUGACAGCUCAUGGGUGAGCCCAGUUCAAGUUGUGCUAAAGAAAGGAGGAAUGACAGUGGUAAAGGAUGCAGAUAACAACCUGAUACCUACUAGAUCGAUAAUUAGAUGGAGAAUUUGCAUGGAUUAUCGAAAGCUCAAUAAGGCAACUCGCAAAGAUCACUUCCCCCUACCAUUCAUUGAUCAGAUGCUGGACAUGUUAAUUGGGUAUGAAUACUACUAUUUCCUAUAUGGUUAUUCAGGAUACAACCAAAUAGCCAUCGCACCCGAGGACCAGGAGAAGACCACUUUCACCUGCCCCUAUGGUACUUUUGCUUUCAGAAGAAUGCCUUUUGGGUUGUGUAAUGCACCAAUUACCUUUCAGAGGUGCAUGAUGGCUAUUUUUUCAGAUAUGGUGGAGCAGAUCAUUGAGGUCUUCAUGUAUGACUUUUUUGUAUUUGGAACUUCUUUUGAUGACUGCUUUGCAAAGUUAGCGUUGGUUUCAGAGCGUUGUGAAAAGACAAACAUGAUAUUAAACUGGAAAAAAUGUCACUUCAUGGUAAAGGAAGGUAUAGUGUUGGGGCACCGGAUUUCAGAAAAAGGAAUAGAGGUAGAUAGAGCUAAAAUUGAGGCAAUAGACAAGUUUUUGCCGCCAACUUCAGUAAAAGGGGUUAGGAGUUUCCUUGGUCAUGUGUGA